AUGACUCUUGAGACUCCAACGAGUAAUGUUUUCCAGUCGCCCAAGGCUGUUGAUUCUAAGAAGACAACCCAUAAGACAUCGACGGUGGAACCUCUUGUGAGUUUUAUUUUUCCGGAUGUUAGAGCAUUACAUGAGAUACGAUUAGAAUCUUUUGUCGAGCUGCAGUAUAAGGAGAUUACCGUGCAUGGAUUUGAAAUAUACGUUGUGGAACAAUGGGCAGCUGAGAGGAAACUCUCUACAGUGAUUACUUCAUAUACGGGUAAUUCACAGGAUACAAUUCAUGCAGUACAAGUGGUAUUGCCCAAGGAUCCCGAAAAAUGGCCGGGAAGGUUUAAAGAAUACUACGAGGAUCUAUCUAUUUUCGCCAAGGCCAGAGUUAUGCCCAAGGGUUCAAUUUUCAUUACUAAUUUGGCCACCGUUCCAUCUACUUUAAACCUAUUGCAUGUAGAAUGUGGUGAUGUGAGAGCAAUUUGGAAAGAUUUUGAAGUUAAUUUUGACUUAAAGAGACUGCGAUGUGGUGGUAGGUCUGCCUUACUCCUUGGCGGGACUUCCACAGCGGCUGAAGAUAAAUUUGGGCAACUGUACAAAAUUUCAAUUGAUUUCGGUGAACGUAAGGUUUUGUUAAAAGAACUGGAACAAUGUGAACAUUUCCCACACUUACAAAGGAAUUAUCACCCUGUUAUUGAAUUAGUUACCAUGAUCCAGGUCUGUUUGAGCUAUUUCAACCUUUAUCAUUCUGCAAAAGAUGGAUUACUUUGUGAUAAGACUGAAGCUGCAGUGGCAAAUUUCUGGUCAAAGUUAGCUAAAUAUUAUUUUGGCAUUGAGAGACCAAAAAAUGAAGGUAUUUCGGGACCUGCCACAGUUGCAGCACUAAUAAGUUUAGUCUUGAGUUGCUAUUACAAGUUACAAGUGGAAGAUUGCAUAUCUUCCAAAGAUCCAUUUGAGGAAGAAGAGUUUUUUGCCGGUAUCUACAGUUUCCAGAAAAAACAUGGAAUCACCAGGGGUACAAAUCCUGUUUAUUUGGAUGAUUUGACUUUGCAAAGAUUAUUUGAAGUGUCUGCAAAGACUUCGAGUUCAGAUAUAUUCAAAUUUAAAAAAGUGGUUAAAUCAACGGUAUCUGAUAUUACUGGUAAGGGUAAUCCGAUGCAUCUUUGUAAUGAAAUAUUGACGACAGAUUUAGAUGUAAUGGUUAAAAAUAUCCAUAGUGGAUCUAUUGGUCUUCUUUGGAGGGGUAAAGGAAGAUUACGCAGGAAUUUUUAUAAAGGUUAUGACAACUUUUGUGAAAUUAAAUUCUCUAGAGGUGAUCCCGAAUUACUCUUAGAAAAACAGGCAAAUGAAAUGCAAGGCGAUGGUUCUGAGUCCCAGGAAUCAACAUCUUCAGCUGAUCAGGAGAAAAAUGUUUUUGAUAAUAAUUUGGUUAGAUAUAGCACUUCAAGUUCAUCGGUAUCGGCAUCAUCAAUGUUUUGUAAUUACGACAAGACGACUUAUGCGACCAAUUUUGGCUUGAAUAAACUUUAUCAUGGCGAAUAUUUUAGAAGGAAUUCGAUGCCGUUUCUGUCGGAUGGUACUCACGAUCCAAUGUUGGAAACAAAAAAAAAUGAUGAUACGGUGAAGGGACUGCAUAGAUCCAAUUCGUUAUCACAGGUACAGGACGUAGUUGAGCCAUGGAGUUUACCAUUUGAUCCUUCCGUGGUAAGAAUGGCAAGAGAUUUAUUGAAAAUCAAUAACUUAAUACAGGUUCAAGAGAGGGAAGAAAAGGAGAAACAAACUUACAUGCGUGAAAAUGAGGUAUGUCAUGCUGGUCAUGGUGAAUCCUUUGACACUGAUUUCGAUCAUGUAUUAAGUGGUUUACAAGGUUGUCAUCAGGUUUACAAUCAUAAAGUCAAGAAAUUAGAGGAAAAUAAUAAGGAAGUGGAAAAAAAACAGUUGUUACUAUUUGGAGAGAUGAGGGCAUUGAGUUCACUGACAUCAAAAUUUAAAUAUGAUAUGGGUAUUUUGGAUAUGAGAAUGAGAGAUGUUGAGGAAAGUAUAUCACAGUUUGAUAAGAAAUUAGCUGCGGUACAAAAAUUGCUUGUCGAUCAAGGAUUAGGUAAAGCUUUGGGUACAGAACUCUUAGUGGACAAGGAACAAUUAGAAAGCUGCUUAAAAGAUUUCUUAGAAGCUGAAAAUACCAAAUAUGAGGGUCUUUGCUGCAGAAUGUGCAGUAAAAAAUACUUCAAGCAAAUUCACAAUGAUUUGAAGGCAUGGACUUCAUGGGCUUUUAAUAAAUUCUUCAAUAAAGAUACCAAAUUGACCGAAAAUGAGGAAAUUAUGUAG